AUGGCAUAUCCCCAGCAACGAAUGCCUCCUCCGCGAGGACCGCCCUCCGCACCGGGCUACCGAUCGCAAGGAUCUGGCGGUUACAAUCCGAGUGCUCCUGGAAAUGGGUACGGCGGCUAUGGAGGCAGCGGCUCUGACUACGGUGGCGCAUCUGCAUAUCCUCGUUCAGGACCACCAAAGUCACGCCCUCCGCCUGCUCAAGGACCGUAUAACGGGGCCGGUGGUCCACCACCACCAAGAGGUCUCCCGUCAAGCCGAGCGCGACCCGAUUACGGGCCCGGACAACGAGGACCACCCUCUGUACGAGGGCCACCUUCCGGGCGCAUUCCACCUGCGCGAGGACCGCCGCCUGGUCGGGGACCGCCGCCGCCUCAUCGAGGAGCGCCAAUGGGGCGUCCUCCCGCUCAACGUAGGCCACCUCCUGGCGAUCCGUAUGGAUAUGCUGCCAAUGGUCCCCCGUCGCGACGCCGGGGCUCAGACGACCACGGACUGGAAAGACAGAUGGGGGACAUGAGCAUUGCCUCGCCGCCUACUCGGCCGCACACCUCUAAUUCUUCUCGCGCACCUAGAGGGUACCCCAAUGACGGGUUCUACCUGGAUCCUGGCCAGCAGAAUGGUGGCUCUGGCUUUCCGGUGCCGCCUCAGCGUUCAUACACCGAUGCAAACGUUCCUCCGCCUAUCAAGAUACCGCAAAGAAGCGCCACAACGCCUUCCCAAUAUACCCCUCCCUUACGAUCGCCAAAAUAUCCCGGUCAGGCUACCUAUACCGAGCCUACUGACUACGCAGAACCACCAGCACCCGCAUUCGCAAAUAAUUCACUGGCGCCGACUUCGGCGUAUGGCGACGAGGUGAAAUACAAAACUUUUAGCACGUAUGUACACCACAACGUGUUCGCGGAUUACUUCAAAGACCAAGAUGGCGAGGACCCCGAGGGAGAGGCAGAGCAAGCGGAAGACGAUGAGCUGGAUAUGCCCAAUUUCGAUGCGAUGCCAUCAACGGAGCCGGUACAUCGCCGCAAUGCAAGCCUUGAAAACCAUUUGACGUCUGAAAAACAGCCUGGUGGUGGUGAUGGUGGUAGUGGAUAUGCAGCUUAUAGGGACCCCACCCCAACAGAGGAGGGCAAUCAAUUUGCAAAUGCCGGUUUUCACUUUGACCUGCCGGCUGAUAAUGCUGCCAACAACGGGAUGAACAAUAGUUACCGCAACGGCAGUGUCCAUGGCUCGGAUAGAACUCUAUCUAUGGGAUCUUAUGGAAAACCCGCUCCAUAUCGCCACAACCAGCAGCAGCAGGCCGAGGCUUAUGGUGCAGCGCCGAACGGUAACCCUGAAACUCAAAACCCGGAUGCUCUUCCUGCUCACCCAUUACCUUAUCGCGCUGGUCUGGAUCAAAUGCCAGCGGAGCGACCAGCGCCAGUUCGACAAUAUGGUGGGCCGCCUUCAGUGCAACAACCAGACCCCUCGAAUGGUGCUCCGGUUUCGCCUAACGGCCGUCCAGAGUCUCCACCCCUAACACAGACGGAACUUGAGAGAUUACAUCUGAUAGUCCGGCGCAACCCCGACGAUCACAAAACGGCAUUGAAACUAGCCAAGAAGUAUGUCGAAGCUUCAACGCGUCUGGUCGGUGAAGAAGGUCGCGUAGAUCCUAAAACGAGGGCUAGAAACAGGGACAAGUAUAUCAGCGAUGCGUCCAAGAUUGUGAAGAGAUUGGUCCAUGACGGAUAUCCCGAAGCGAUGUUUUACAUGGCAGAUUGCUAUGGAAGCGGGGGGCUAGGCCUGCAAUCUGAUCCGAAAGAGGCUUUUUCACUGUAUCAAUCGGCUGCCAAAGCAGGGCACGCCGAGGCGGCGUAUCGCACAGCCGUGUGCUGCGAACUCGGCCAAGAGGAAGGAGGUGGCACGAGAAGGGAUGCUGUCAAGGCAGUACAAUGGUACCGCCGUGCUGCAGCACUGGGGAACACGCCCGCCAUGUACAAGAUGGGAAUAAUAUUGCUAAAGGGACUCCUUGGACAACAGAAAAAUCCUCGCGAGGCUGUCACGUGGCUGAAACGGGCGGCGGAUGGAGCCGAUGAAGAAAACCCGCACGCUCUGCACGAGCUGGCAUUGAUGUACGAGAGUUCGUCUAACUCUGACUUUGUCGUUCGUAACGAGGAAUAUUCUCGAGACUUGUUCACAAAGGCUGCCGAGCUCGGCUACAAGUUCUCACAGUACCGCCUCGGCACGGCAUAUGAGAAUGGGCUCAUGGGUCUGCCUGUUGAUGCGCGCAUGAGCAUCAUAUGGUAUACCCGUGCAGCUGCCCAGGGCGAACACCAGUCCGAACUGGCCCUGAGUGGAUGGUAUCUGACCGGUGCGGAGGGCAUUUUGCAGCAAAGUGAUACCGAGGCGUAUCUGUGGGCGCGUAAAGCCGCGGCUGCCGGACUAGCGAAGGCCGAAUAUGCCAUGGGCUACUUUACUGAGGUUGGGAUUGGUGUGCCAUCAAAUCUGGAAGAUGCACAGCGAUGGUACUGGCGGGCAGCCUCCCAGAACUUUGACAAAGCCCGAGAACGCCUCGAAGAGCUGAAAAAGGGCAGUGGCCGCAUGCAAAAGACUCGCGUCUCUCGAUCAGCUGUUGCCCAGCAGCAGCAACAGGGCGAUUGUAUCCUGAUGUAG